AUGAGCAUCUACCUGGCAGCUUCUCUCGCUCUGCUUCACUUCCUUGGAUUCCUCUUGGGAUGGCUUCUCCUUCACUACUAUGGUGGAACAAUAAUACACCUGAUAGAGCUUGCUAGGGAAAUUGGCUUUACGGCGUGUGUAACAUUCUUCAAGGAAGCAGAGCGAGCAAGGAGAAUGAAU